AUGGCACUGUAUGGAAAUCCAGACAUGUGUCUGAAGAGGGACUUCCGUGUCACCAGGGCGACAGCACAAAGCCUCAUGCGCCUGAUUGCCAGUCCACAGGAUCAUGGUUGGGGCCAGGACAUGGAGGUUUUGGUGUUCCUGUACAGUUUGGCUCAUGGGCUUUCCCUGUCGGUCGUGAGCAGAGCAUUUGGGAUCCCCAAAAGCACUGUUCAUGACAUGAUCCACCGGGUGAGCAGGGAAAUAAAGGGCAAGCUGGCAAUCUUAAUUUCCCUGCCAUCUCCAGAAGAUCUGCCUGAUGUGGCCCAAGGUUUCAUGGACCUCUCAAGAAGUCCAGCAUUCGACCAUGUAGCUGGGGCCAUGGACGGGUGCCACAUACGCAUCAGGGCGCCAGGGAACCUGCACCAAGCGGAUUAUUUCAACUACAAGCUGUUUCCCUCUAUCCAGAUGCAGGCAGUCUGUGACGCAAAGGGCAGGUUCCUGGACAUAUUUGUGGGCUAUCCAGGGUCAGUGCAUGAUGCCAGGGUCCUGCGCAACAGUCCCAUCUUCCACCAGGCCCUGUAUCCUCCAGCAGGAUAUUACCUUCUGGGUGAUGGCGCAUAUCCCUGCCUGGAGACGCCAAUAGGGAUCCUGACCCCAUACAAGCAUCCCCUGAGAGGCAGGAUUCAGGAGGAGUACAACGUCUGCCAUGCCCGGGCUCGAUCAGUGGUGGAGAGGGCCUUUGGCAUGAUGAAGGCACGCUGGCGAGCCACCCUUUCGAAGGCCCUGGAGGUGAGCCCAGCUUUCGCCCCAGACAUCAUUGCCUGCUGUGCAUUCCUCCACAAUCUGUGCCUCAGCAUGAACGAUGACUUGGAGGACAUUGAGAUGCCGGAGCCUGAUCCCCAGAUUGCUCCUCCCAUCAGAGGACCAGAAAGAUCUGGGAAUCACACAAGAGACAGAAUUGCAUUAAUGAAUGCAGUUGGCCAUCUACCACAGCACCUGCAUGACCACAAUUAUUGGUGA